UCCUUCUCCGCCUCCUCCUCCUCUUCGUCUCGGCUCUGCUGCGGCACUAAAGCGGCCGAAAAUGGCAGACUUGGCUCGCAGCGUGGACCAAUAUUACGAAAAGAUAACGGCGAUUCAGCAAAGCAUGUAUAAGAGGGAGAAACGGAGGCUGGAGCUGGAGAGAGAACUGUUUGCUUACUCCAGAUCUGACAGAAGAAUCUCACAGAUAAAGUGUUCCAAACUGCACAGCUAUCUCAAGGAAAUCUGUGACAGGGAAGCACGAGCGAAAAUGAGAAACCUUGAGCUUCUGAGAGAUGUGGAGUGCAUAGAAAUUAGCAUGAAGGAAUAUAGUCCUGACCAUGGCCCCUUGCAACAACAAAAGGCUGACUUUUUGAAAAAGAUUUCCAGAUUUAUGGAGGCAAGCAAGAAAGUGGAGCAGGUGCACGAAGCAGCAGAGGUUGAAGCUGUGCAUCGACGGCACCAGAACAGCUACCUCUCUCAUCCCGCUAAAGAUUGUACACAACCACCGGUGGAAAUUUUUAUGGUCCACCAGACCUCCAGAGGGUCUGACGCUGAAGCUGGCACCACAAGUGUACACUCACACCAAGCAUUGCAUCGUUCACCCAAUCGCAGCAUGCACUCCCGCGAACGCCUACCAAGUGGCCUUUUGAAGGACUUCAGAGUUGGCGGAGAGCAUGCCGCCAGCAACCGAGCACAUUUAUCAGAUGACAUUUCAGGCUCAAACGAUUCCCCUGACGGCUGUAAUUUGAGUGACAAACAUGAAAGAACGAUGGGGCUGCUCCCAUCUGUUCGUGCCUUAACAGGCGCAGCUGGCAAUGUGGCUUUUGGAAGUGAUGAUGAACAAGAAGCUUCACCUCUGGUGACCUUGACGGGCCCUGAGAAGAAUCCAUCUCCCAGCAGCGGUAGUCCCAUGAGGGCUAAGAAUUCCCCCGCAGAACACACUGACUCCCAAGAGGUGGCUCAUGAGCCACACAUAAUGGAAGAUGAAGAGAGAGGUCUUGGCCAUUUGAUGCCUGAAACUACUUUUGGAAAAGAAGCUCAAGAGACUCCAGGGAAAUGUGAGAGCAUCAGCACGCCGAGUUCUGAUGUGCAGUUGUCGGAGAGCAGUGUGAGUGACCUGACAAUUUCUCUGACACAAUCUGAGCUGGAGGAGGAUCCACCAGAGGGUGUGGCACCUGAGAGGAACAGCUUUUAUGGAGGGAGUGAUGAUCACAAUCAGCACAGUCCUCAAUCAUCCGUCCACUCCGAUGGGUCCAAGAACACACCCCAGUUAAACAGCGAAUCCUCAGCUCCAAAUGUGACCUUGAAAAGUCUCUCCCAGGAAGGACUCUUUAAUCUGCUAGACAACAUCGAAGGACGACUCCACAGUCAACAGACCAGUGUGUAUGGCAGUUCUUCAUUCGCGGCCAGAGAACUCAAUAGAAUUAUCAGCCUUUGUGACGAUGGAGCGGGCUUGAAUGACGAGGACCUUGAAGCAUGUGGAGCAGUCGUCCUUCAUGAGCUUCAGAGGUUGUCAUGGAGCACAGAAAAGGGCUGUCUGCUACCACAGGAUCUAGUGAGUGCUCAUCAGUCCAGCACUGAGCCUAAUGAAAUAAGCACCAGCCUCCCUCCUAAUGCCGCUCGGCUGUGGGAUCGCUGGUUCAAGCACGCCCUUGUGCUCAAGGAGCGACGUGUCCUCAGCACUGAGCGCUUGGUCCAACUGUUCACGCCGCUGCUACUGAAGCGUCAUGCCACCUACAGCCACCAGGCCAAAGUGUUGCUGAGGACACUUCUGUCCCGGUCCAGUGAGGAGUGCCCCUCAGCAGAGGACGAGAGUGACUUAUCUUCUUUGUGCGGUCCUUCUUCUCUCCUGGCUGACGGAGAUGUGAAGCCUGCCAGGCCGGUACAAACGCAACAGAUCCAAGAACUACAAAGUACUGAAGAGGACAGCCAGGACGAAAGCCCUGUGGAAAGUGGUCCUAUUAGAGAGACAAAAGCAUAUCAGUUACUUAAACAAUCAGCCAUGCAGCAAAGGCUACAGAGUUCUGAAGAGGAGGAGGAGGAGGAGGAGGAGGAUGGCCUCUCAGGAAUAAAUCAUGGCCAUGAAGAGGACCUGGGGAGGGCCAAACGCUCCUCACAUCAAGACCCUUACCCUCGGAGAGAGACGACUAAAUCAAAGCUCCAUUCUGCUCUGCAGUCAAAAGCUUUCUGGGAGGAAUCGGAUGACAGCAACUCAGACAUUGAAGCAGCCUUACGUCCUCAACCUUUCCAUACAAACGGCGAAGACACCGAUGACUUCUAUGACUGAUAUUUCCACUGAGAUAUUUUUUGAAACGCACUACAUUAUAUCACUGCAAAAUCGGAGGCAGUUUGACUCGCGGUAAUUCACCCCUGACCAUUAUUUUAGUGGUCUGCAUUGUAAAUCAUAUGCACACUGUAUCGUAAAAACAAAUAAUAAAGUUGACAGCUCUCACGCUGGGUAAAGUAUGUGAAGAGUUGUCCAACACACUGAUGUUAACCCUGCUUCAGUCUCUUUAUCUGAACAACUCUCCCAGCUCAUAAUAACAGCUCGAAAUAGAUUAAACUGAUCUUUUAAAGCGAUUUGUUUGCACUAGGCUGAAAAUCAUGCAUUUUGAAUGCCGCAAGCAUCUCCAAGUGCUCUACCUCCAGCAUGCUCGAGUGUAGUGAUGUGAGUCACCUGUGAAAUGACAAAGCACAAUGGCCACUCUGCACGCUUCUGCGCGACCUGUGAACCUGCUGAAGAGGCCCAUCUCCCAGGGCACAAAGUGUUGCAGCGCUAACAAACUCAGAAUAUUUAGAGCCUCCCAACAAAUGCUCCGCGCAUAUUUUUACAGCUGCUUCCUUAAUAAUCGCGCCUCAGAAAUACAAAGACUUGUGUUUACGUUCCUCUGUGCCAUUGUGCAAAUGAGUCACAAGUAGAAUUGAUACAGAAACCACACAAUGGAGUCCUCUCUGCAAUUUGUGAUUUUUUUUUCCCAGCAUAUUGGCUGUUCUUCUGUCUAUUAAUAACUCGCAGCUACUGUGUGGGAGGCUACAUUCCAAGGUUUACAUUUAUAGUUCAUUAUGUCUGUAGUGUAAAUUUCCAAAACUGCCAUUCUGGGAUGUGGUAAAAGCCCCUGGCAUUUAGUGUCAGCAGGAUUCCAUUAGUCAGCUUUAGGUGACUUUACAUGCCUGAACCUUUUAAAGUAGGACUCCACAUUCAUUACCAAUAAUGGCUUCAGACAGCCCUGACCCACCACAGAAAAGGGACUGUGGCAGAAUAAUUUGGAGUUUGCUAAAAGGCUCCCUAACAUAAUAUCCAUGUUAAGGAGCAUGUCAACAGAUACUUGUGUGCGACAGAUAGCUCACGGUGGAAGUGGAGUUAUAUUGUACUAAUGUGUACUAACACAAUAACAUUUUUUUUUUUUUUUUUUAAAGAACUUCUCUGAGUCUGUGCCAGAGAGACAAUGGUGAUGAUAUUCAGCUCAUUCUUUUUAGAUUGUGUGUAGUCGCACUGUUAAGCGAGGACACGAAGGGUUUAAUCUUGCAAUUGCGAGACGUUAUUCACGUCUUGAUUUACUCGACUGUUGUGUGUGUGCGUCUCUUGAUCUUGUCAUAGUCAGGCUGACGUUGGACAGUGUUCCCCCUGAUGCAGUAGUGGUUUUGUGAAGGUGAUCCAUGUUUAUGUGCUUCAGACCACAUCAGGACUGUGCUUAACAGGUUGGAACUCGUGUCCUCUGACUCUCCAAAAUGUAUCCCAUGUAAUAUAAUGUGAUAUUUAUGAUGUGGUUUUGUGUUUUGUUUUAUUUUGUCUUCAUAUUAAAUACUUAGUGAGCUUUUAAAUUGCCCCUGGGGGGUAUUUGAAUUGAAUAUAUUGACAUUUCUCUUGCUACGGAUUGUCUCAAGGAUGUAGAAGCAAUAAAAAAAAUAAAUAUUUUUUUAAUGAAAAA